AUGUUAAUUAAUUUUUCCCAGGAGCACACAUUAAUAGGCUCAGACAACUCUCAAGAUAUCCAACUAUGUGGAAUGGGAAUUCUUCCUGAACACUGCAUUAUAGACAUCACUCCAGAAGGACAGGUUAUGUUAACACCUCAAAAAAAUACUAGGACGUUCGUAAACGGUUCUGCUGUCGUGUGUCCUAUCCAGCUACAUCAUGGAGACAGAAUACUGUGGGGAAACAACCACUUCUUCAGGCUGAAUUUGCCAAAGAAGAAGAAGGCAGAUCAUGAGGAUGAAGAACGAGACAGCUCUAUGAAGUGCAGUAGUAGUGUGGAGCAGCUGGACAUAGAUGGAGACAAUUCCAGUGAAGUGUCUAGUGAGAUUAACUUCAGCUAUGAAUAUGCCCAGAUGGAAGUCACUAUGAAGGCACUUGGUAGUAAUGAUCCAAUGCAGUCAAUCUUGCAAAGUUUAGAGCAGCAACACGAAGAGGAGAAGAGAUCUGCGCUUGAACGACAGAGACUGAUGUACGAACAUGAACUGGAGCAACUGCGAAGGCGAUUGUCACCAGAGAAGCAGCAUUUCCGCAGCAUGGACAGGUUCUCCUUUCAUUCUCCCAGCGCUCAGCAGCGCUUGCGGCAGUGGGCAGAGGAGAGAGAAGAAAUGUUGACCCACAGCCUGAGAAAGCUGCGCGAGCAGAUCGUUAAAGCCAAUUUGUACGUGAGAGAAGCCAAUUUUAUCGGAGAGGAACUGGACAAGAGGACAGAGUAUAAAGUUACCCUCCAGAUCCCAGCUUCGAGCCUUAAUGCUAACAGUAAGAGAGGUGCAAUUCUCAGCGAGCCUGCUAUUCAGGUGAGAAGGAAAGGGAAAGGCAAACAGAUUUGGUCACUGGAAAAGCUGGAGAAUCGAUUGGUAGAUAUGAGGGAUCUUUACCAGGAGUGGAAAGACUGUGAGGAAGACAACCCAGUGAUGAGAGCUUACUUCAGGCGAGCUGAUCCAUUCUACGACGAGCAGGAAAACCACAGCCUUAUCGGAGUAGCCAAUGUUUUUCUUGAGUGCCUGUUCUAUGACGUGAAGCUACAAUAUGCUGUUCCAAUCAUCAAUCAGAAGGGAGAGGUAUCAGGUCGUCUCCACGUUGAGGUUGUUCGAGUGAGUGGAGAGAUAGACGACAGGUUGGUUGGAGGUGAGGAUAGUCCAGACGAUUCAAAUGAAAAUGACACGCAGGAGAGAAAACUUGUCUGCCGGAUUAAAAUACUUCAGGCUACAGGUUUGCCACAGCACCUCUCCAACUUUGUGUUCUGCAAAUAUACGUUCUGGGAUCAGCUGGAGCCAGUUAUUGUUGCACCUGAAGUAGAUCCUUCCUUAUCUUCCAUCAGCAAGGAGCCACGGUGCAUGGUUGUCUUCGAUCACUGCAAUGAAGUUUCUGUAAAUAUUUCCGAAGACUUCAUGGAACAUCUUUAUGAUGGUGCUUUGGCAAUUGAAGUGUAUGGGCACAAGCAGAGUGGUGACCGCAAAAAUCCAGCCCUGUGGGAUCUGGGAAUAAUUCAAGCCAAAACACGCAGCCUUCGUGACAGGUGGAGUGAAGUAACCCGAAAAGUAGAACUCUGGGUUCAAAUUCUGGAGCUGAACGAGAAUGGGGAAUAUUGCCCAGUUGAGGUGACUCCUGCCAAGGAUGUAUGCACAGGAGGCAUCUUCCAGCUCAGACAGGGGCAAUCUCGACGAAUUCAAGUUGAAGUGAGAUCUGUACAGGAAUCUGGGACCUUGCCGCUGAUGGAAGAAUCAAUAUUAUCUGUUGGCAUUGGCUGUGUUCAAAUAAAACAUGUCAAGUCACCAAAAGUACCUGAAAAUUAUCAGGAAGAAGAGGACGAAAUGGACAGUUAUCAGGAUAGGGAUUUGGAGAGACUCCGUCGGAAAUGGCUGUGCGCCUUAACAAAGCGUCAGGAAUAUCUUGAUCAGCAAUUGCAAAAACUCGUUGGGAAGCCUGAUAAAACAGAAGAUGAUGCAGAUCGAGAGGCACAGCUUUUAGAGAUGAGGCUAACACUCACUGAAGAAAGGAAUGCUGUAAUGGUUCCUUCUGCUGGCAGUGGGAUCCCUGGAGCUCCAGCGGAGUGGACUCCCGUGCCUGGUAUGGAAACUCACAUUCCUGUUAUUUUCCUUGACUUGAAUGCUGAUGACUUCAGUUCCCAAGAUAACCUUGAUGACCCAGAAGCGGGUGGGUGGGAUGCUACUCUUGUUGCAGAAGAGGAGGAGGAAUUCUUUGAACUGCAGAUUGUGAAGCAUCAUGAUAGUGAGGUGAAAGCAGAAGCCUCAUGGGAUUCCACAGUCCACGACUGUAUCCAGCUCAGUAAAGGAACAGCAGCAGAUGAAAGAGUUUACCUUAUUGUGAGAGCCACUGUCCAGCUCAGCCAUCCUGCAGAAAUGCAGUUAGUGUUACGCAAGCGCAUUUGUGUUAAUGUGUAUGGCAGACAGGGUUUUGCCCAGAGUUUCCUCCGAAGGAUGUCUCACCGAAGUUCUAUUCCUGGCUGUGGUGUCACUUUUGAGAUAGUCUCAAAUAUUCCAGAGGAUGCUCAAGGAGCUGAAGAGCGGGUUUUUGCAGCCAACUUUGAAGACGCAGCUUCAGCUGACUCCGAAGCCUAUAUUGAGAAGUACUUGCGGAGCGUGCUGGCUGUGGAGAACAUUCUCACCUUGGAUCGUCUGCGCCAGGAAGUUGCUGUUAAAGAACAGCUAAUGGGAAAAGGAAAAUUCUACCGCAGGAGCCUGAGCUCUCCCAAUGUGAAUCGGCUUUCUGGAAGCCGUCAAGAUUUAGCACCCCUUUAUAACCUGAGCAGUAACCGGAGUCCAAAGGUCCCAGCAGAGGGCCGAUGGGAGAGUCAGCAAGAUGUAUCCCAAGGUGCCACAAAUUCCAGUAGGGGCAUUAGUCCAUCUCGUACUUCUCUGCCAGGCUCUAGGCAACAAAACCACUCUCCUGAUCCGGGUAUUGGUAGCCUCGCUGCUUCCUAUUUGAAUCCUGUGAAGUCCUUUGUGCCUCAGAUGCCAAAGCUGCUCAAGUCUCUCUUUCCUGUUAGAGACGAGAAGAAGGGCAGGCAGACCUCUCCCCUUGCCCAGCAGGCUGUCCCACGAAUUAUGGUUCAGUCUGCCAGUAUUGAAGCCAGCGCUGCAAAGAUAAAACAGAUGAACCAAGAGGAAGUAGGGAAACAGCCAUUUGAAACUGCAGUGCAGACACCUGAGACAGACAAGAGUCCGGAAAAGACACCCAAAGUGCCUUUGCAGCAGCCCACAGGAGACACCCAGGCACAGGACUCCCAGGAAGGACCUCCAAGUCCUCUGAGUGAAGCGUCCAGUGGCUACUUUUCUCAUAGCGUCUCAACAGCCACCCUCUCUGAAGCCCUUGCAGCAGGAAGCGAUGCUGUGGCUCAACCAGGAGGUCAGAUGCCUGCAGGGAGUGACUUCCCAGCUCCCAGUGUUGCUCAGGUGUCUCCUUCUGACGUGCCAGGGCACUCGGACAGUUCUUCAGAAAGCUGUGUCAGUACAAAGAGAGAGAGUCUGCCCAGCUUCAGCCUUCAGAGUGCUCACGCAAGACCAAAAGACAGCACUGAAGUGAAUGGAAACGAUGCUUUGAAAUCAAAAUCUUGCACAUCUCUUGUGACUCACAGUGAGCAGACAAACGAUGCCUCUGUAGCCACUGAUGCAAAAACCUAUCUUUCUACCUCUUCUCCAAAGAAGGAGUUGUUAUCCAGUCAAUCAGCAGAGUCAGCAGGACAAGCUAGGAAAAGAGAAAUGGCUUCCGGGACUUCAGAACUGGGGUUUCCCAAACCACAGUUUCAUCCUGACCAAUCGUCUCAGCCUGGCGUUGCAGCCUCCCCCUUCAAAAUCCAGAAAGUAAAGACAUCAGAGCUGAAGUCCUUCACAAGCAUGCUGGGAGCAGAUCCCAUGUGUUCGCUGAACGCAGAAGAGCUGCAAGACGGAGAAAAGAGCGCAUCUGCUGCCCGUGGACUGAACCAUAAUGGAUCAGAGACGGCAGAAGAAAAACUGGAGGUGGCUUCUGACUCCGAAGAUGCCAAUGAAAUUCCCGAGUGGCUGAAAGAGGGAGAAUACGUCACGGUUGGCACAAAUAAGACGGGCACCGUUAGAUAUAUUGGGCCCACAGACUUUCAAGAGGGAACAUGGGUCGGUGUCGAACUGGAUUUACCUUCAGGUAAGAACGAUGGCUCGAUUGGAGGGAAGCAGUAUUUCAGAUGCAACCCAGGCUAUGGAUUGCUCGUGAAACCAGGCAGAGUUAAAAAGGCCACGGGACCAGCAAGACGGCGGAGCACUGGGUUGAGGUUGCAAGGAGGAGCCAUCGCUGAGAACACCUUCUCCGGGUCAGCCUCCAACCUGGCUUCGCUCACAGCCCUGGCGAAAUCAGAGGGAGGAUCCGUGCUGCGACUGGAGAAGAGCCAGAAGAACGCGGAGAACAGGAAAUCCUGGGCAAACUGA